CAACCCCACUCUCAAAACAAACACUUUCCCACAGAUCUCUCUCACAACUUACCAUGGCCUUCAACAAUGCUCAGCUCCGCCCUGUUGUGGUAUUCAAAAAUUAAGGCUUUCGCAACGCCAUAGUGCACUCAAGGUACCUUCGUUGCUUCCGUGAUCGUCCCAUCUACCCAUCUUUUACCAUCUCUCCUUCAGCCUUUUCCAAAUACGACAUGGACAUUUCAUCCCUGGUUGCUGGACUAGGGUGGGAAUCAUUGACUGAAGAUCAACGGUUUCUCCACUGUCCUGAAGCAGUAAGGCUUUUUUAUGUCAAUAUUCGUCGUGACAGUGGACCUGAGCCACAGUCUUUCACAACCAUGGUCUAUGACCAUGAAAUCACUGUCACUCCUGCCUUACUGGCAUCGGUUCUCUCUCUACCUCACUCUGGGAUUCUUGCCAGCUACGAGAGUGACUUUAUUGAACAUGGGUUCGACUUCCUUGCUGCUCUUGACCAAGUAACACGGGACACUGGCAAGGUCUUCCCCACUCGACUCUCAGCUGGUCGUCUUCCUGACGAUCUAAAGGUCCUUCAUUUCUUCAUCACACGAUGCUUCCUUCCAAGAGACGUUACUAGUGCUGGUCUUCUCCACUCUGACGAUCUCUGGAUUCUGAGUAAUGCCUGUGCUCAUCAACCUAUCAGUUAUGCAUCCUUGAUGCUCGUUCAUAUACUCAAAUUCGGUGGUGGUGGCUACAGUGGUGCUCUACCCUUUGGACCUCUCAUCACUCGUUACUUGCAUCGCCUAGGAAUAGAUCUCCGGGACAAGGUGGCUGUUUGCAACAUCCAUGAUGAUUUGCGUCCCAAUCAUGUUCUAGUUCGCCUUGAUGCCGACGUUGGCCGCCGUAAGCUCGUCUCUGGCUCAGGGGGAGACUCAGCUCACUGCCCCAUUUUCUCUCCUGCUGAUCCCAUCUCUGACUGUCUACUUCCAGCCCUAACUCAAGCUGCUGUCACAGCCAUAGAUGGUGAAGUCAAACGAAGAAGGGAAACUGGUAGUGGAAAAACUACCAGUCUUUUGGUAUGCAAAGAACGUUUGGAACUCAUUGACUUUGAUGAAGCAAGGCCUGCUCCAGACGACUUUGAUCCAAUUACUCCUGACUCAAGCUCUGAUGAUGAGAUAUCAGACUAUGAGUCACCUCCUGGUUAUCCCUUCUAGAGAAUCGAUGGUGGUACUUAGGGGGAGUCACAAGUUAUGACUAGGGAAGUCUUGUAGAUCGUUUAAGUCUGUGUUUGAAUGGUGUCAGUGUCAAGUUGGUUUUCCAGUUGUUUGAUUGUUGAUUUGAAUUUCGAAACUUGUAUUUCUGUUGAACUGAUUAAUCAGGAAUAAAAACUUCCCUUGUCA